AUGGGUAACGAGAACUCUAUUCCCAUGGAACUAUGUUCAAAUUCGCGUGUAAACUGCAUUGAUUUUAAGGUGGAGAACUUCGACGCGGACGAGAUCCGGCGGCUCGGCAAGCGGUUCCGCAAGCUCGACCUGGACAACUCGGGUGCGCUCUCCAUCGACGAGUUUAUGUCGCUCCCAGAGCUCCAACAGAACCCUCUAGUUCAGCGCGUCAUCGACAUAUUCGACGCGGACGGCAACGGCGAGGUAGACUUCAAGGAGUUUAUCCAGGGCGUGUCGCAGUUCAGCGUGAAGGGAGACAAGCUGUCCAAGCUGCGGUUUGCGUUCCGCAUCUACGACAUGGACAACGACGGCUUCAUAUCCAACGGUGAACUCUUCCAGGUCCUCAAGAUGAUGGUCGGCAACAAUCUAAAGGACACGCAGCUGCAACAGAUCGUGGACAAAACGAUUCUGUUCGCCGACAAGGACGAGGACGGAAAGAUCUCAUUCGAGGAGUUCUGCAACGUGGUGGGCAACACUGACAUUCACAAGAAGAUGGUCGUCGACGUCUAG